AGAAUAGAACAAGAGGACCUCAUUUCCCACUAGUCCAAGUACCCAAACAUGAUAAUGGGAUUAAAACCUGAUAACCCUAACCCAAACCUAACCAUCAUAUCCCAUCUGAUUUCCUUCCUUAGCCCAAAUCCACCGGCUACCCAAACGCCCCCUAAAAAUAAAAAAUUUACUCCGACUCUGGGACGGAUGGGGCGGCGUCAUGGCGGUCGUGGAGGCGGCAGAGGGCGAGGGGGAGGAGGAGAUGCGGAAGACGAUCUGCAUCUGCACAGGGCUGCGAGGUCCGGUGAUGCGGCGGCGGCGGAAUCGCUGUGCGAGUCCAACCCUCUGGCCGUCAACUCCAGGGACCGCCUCUCCCGCACCCCACUCCAUUUGGCUGCAUGGGCUGGGCAUGUUGAGGUUGUGAGAUGCCUUUGCAAGCACAAAGCUGACGUUGGAGCUGCAGCAAUGGAUGACACCGCUGCGAUCCAUUUCGCUUCACAGAAAGGUCAUUUAGAAGUGGUCCGUGAGCUUCUGGCGUCUGGCGCCACUGUGAAAGCAAAGAAUAGGAAAGGCUUCACGGCAUUGCACUUUGCUGCUCAAAACUCCCACCUGGAUCUUGUGAAGUACCUUGUUAAGAAAGGCGCAGACAUCACAGUGAAGACGAAAGGCGGGCAGAUGGCUCUACAUGUCGCAGAGAAUGAUGAUGUGCGAGCUUUCCUGAAAGAGUGUGAGCAGUCAUUAAAGAAGGGAGGUGAGCUACCACCAGAGAAGAAGGACGAUUCUGUGUCAACGACAUCUGAGAAGGCUGACAACAGCAGGUCUUCAGGUGAGGCUACAAAAGAUGGAGACGAUGCAGGUCAGGGCGAGAAGAGGAAAAGUGGAGCUGUUGCUGGGUCAACUUCACCCGAGUUGAAAAAGGCCAAAGUUUCACUUGGUCAUCUAGUUACUGAAGAUGACAUGGACGAGGAAGAGGAAUAAAAUUGGAAGACAGCCUUUGGGAUGCAAGAAUGCAAUUUGAUGGUGCCAGCUUGUAUGUUUUGUUAUCCUUUUUGUAUGACAAUUUGGAAUGUAGAGACGAGUGCAAGUUUUAGUCGGGUCUCACGAAAUGCAAGAAUGUAAUUUGAUGGUUGCAAGCCACAUGUUGACACAAGCUCGUGCAUCCGAGAAGAUACCUCUAUUGAUUUUAAUUUUUGUAUGCA